AUGCGGCCCUAUAGCAGACAUCAACUUAAUUCGCGAAGACCUAGAAGUGACCUCUGUCCUCACGCUACAACUCAAAUUUAUCGAAGCUCUUGGGUUGAUUUAACUUCGGAUUCAAAGACGACAAACAAAACGGAAACUUUACCUCCUACCGAUCAUCACGUCAGAAUGCCUAACAUCAAGGUUUUUUCCGGUUCUUCCCACAAAGAUCUUUCUCAAAGAAUCUGUGAGCGUUUGCAACUCGAGGUUUCUAAGGCUUCUUUGAAGAAGUUCAGCAACAGGGAAACUAAUGUUGAAAUCGGCGAAUCUGUACGUGGAGAGGAUGUUUACAUCAUUCAAUCUGCCGCCGGAGAAAUAAAUGAUAACCUCAUGGAACUUUUAAUUAUGAUCAACGCAUGUAAAAUUGCUUCCUCAUGUCGUGUAGCUGCUGUUAUUCCUUGUUUCCCCUAUGCUCGUCAAGACAAAAAAGACAAAUCACGUGCACCUAUUUCGGCGAAACUAGUUGCUAACAUGUUGUCCGUUGCUGGCGCUGAUCAUAUUAUCACUAUGGAUCUUCAUGCUUCUCAAAUUCAGGGCUUCUUUGAUAUUCCCGUAGAUAACCUGUAUGCUGAGCCAGCUAUACUUAAGUACAUCAGAGAAUCAAUUCCUAAGUGGGAAACCUCUGUCAUCGUUUCUCCUGAUGCUGGAGGAGCUAAGCGUGUCACUUCCAUUGCUGACCGUCUGAAUGUUGACUUCGCUCUUAUUCACAAAGAACGCAAGCGCGCUAAUGAAGUUGAAAAAAUGACAUUAGUUGGAAGCGUCGAAGGAAAGGUCGCUAUAUUAGUAGACGAUAUGGCGGACACAUGUGGAACAAUCUGCAUGGCUGCUGAUAAAUUAGUUGAAGCUGGAGCUGAAAAGGUUUAUGCUUUCUGCGUCCAUGGAAUCUUCUCUGGUCCAGCUCUUCAAAGACUCAAUAGUUCUAAGUUUGAAGCUGUUGUUGUGACCAACACUAUACCUCAAGAAGAGAAUAUGCGACAAUGUCCCAAGAUUCAGUGUAUCGAUAUAUCAAUGAUCUUGGCUGAGGCUAUUCGUCGUACUCACAAUGGUGAAUCUGUUUCUUACCUCUUCUCACACGUUCCAAUUUGUUAA